GAUGGCUGACACAAAAGGCUCUAUGGUAGCACCUUUAUCUAAAUAUAAAUUGGUUUUCUUGGGUGAUUAAUCUGUUGGAAAGACAUCCAUUAUAAAUCGGUUUAUGUUUGAUACAUUUGAUGGGAAGGAUCAUGUAAGAGAAAUUGUAAAAUUUAAUUAAAGCCAACAGUUGGAAUAGAUUUUAUUUCAAAGACUCUAUAUUAUGAAGAUAGAACUAUACGUUUAUAAUUAUGGGAUACAGCAGGAUAAGAGAGAUUUAGAUCAUUAAUUCCAAGUUACAUAAGGGAUAGUGCAGUUGCAGUAGUUUGUUAUGAUGUGGAAGGUAGAUGUCUAUGAAUUUAUGUAGUAAAAUCAUCAUUUGCAAGUUUAAUCAAAUGGAUAUAGGAUGUUCGUUAAGAGAGAGGAAAUGAUGUGAUUAUAUUUAUAGUGGCAAACAAAAUAGAUGUUGAUAAUAGGUAAAAAAUUGUUUUAAAAUUGAAAGAGUUAUAAGUACUGAAGAAGGAACAAAUCUAGCAAAAGAAUAUGAUGCUCAUUUCAUUGAAGUAAGUGCAAAGACAGGAAACAAUGUUGAAUUAUUAUUUAAAUAAAUUGCAGCAACAUUACCAGGAACAGAGACUUCAUAAAUGGUAAAUUCUGUAAUGAAUAAUCCAAAUUAAUGUAUUAAAUUUAAAAAAUUUAAGCAAAUACUAUAAAAUUAGAGAACCAAAAAAACUAAGAAUAAGAUAAAGCUAAUGCUAAGUUCUGUUGUUGAA